AUGCUGCAAAUUUGUUAAGCCAACUAUUUCCGGCAUCUUCAGUUCAUUGGGGAGCAGAAUCGAAGGUAGAUGGUUCAUGGCGAUUAUGUUAAUUUUUAAUAAAAAAUAUGUAGUGAAUUAAAAAAUUUAGGAUGGAAUCCGAACGUAAUAGUCGGAAGCGAAAAUUCGCUGAAUGCAGUGACAGGCUCAAGAUCAUAAAUCUCGAUAACGCGAGAAAUGUGUUCGAGAACUGCGAGAAAAUCAGGAAGGUCAUCAGAGUAGGUGGCAUCCUUUUCGUCGCAGUUAGCAAGAACAUAUUGACUCCAGAAACAUCAUCCAUUCUCGCAAAUGAGAUCAACAAGGCAACAUCCACUUCUACUACCACCGAAGUGUUCAGCAAAAGCCAAGAGGACGCUAUAGACCUCGAGGGGUUCAGUUUGGUAGAGGCCAUACAAUGUUUGACUUUUCUUACUGAAGACGAUCCACAGCCCAUGGUCUUGGAUAAUCUGUGCGUGAUGUCUUAUGAAGAUAAGUUUCAACUUUUGGAAGCUCUGCUGGACGAUGGUCGCAUAGUUAUCAAGGCUAAUAGUUUUGAAGGCCAGUCUGGUGAUUCUCAGCCAGGGCCAUCUCAUGCUUAACAUUAUGUUUUUUUGAAAUGUAUGUUCUUCUGUUCUUGUUCUUUCUUUAAUUUGUUCGUUUGAUGUCAAUAAAGAUUUUUUAAUAA